GACAGAUAUUAUGGUGUUAAUCAUAGGAACCUCGAGGAAGACCCCGGGCGAGGAAAUUGCGGGCGGGUUUACCUUCACUUGUGUGGUUUCAUCGUGGUGGUCGAUUGAUGAGUGUAGCGCAGGUAGCAAACGGAAUUUUAUGGACGGCGGGCUAGCGCGCGGCCCGAGCGCUGCAUACCCCACCGCGGCCAUGCGGCGCGUUCCUGCAUCCAAACAAUCGGCCACAACAGAUCAACAUGUCGACGAAUCGCGCCUCGACCGCUGCCCCCGCGCAGCCUGCGCCGGAGAAGUCGUACUUUGAGCAGCAGCGCGAGAUGCUCGUGGGCGAGAUCGCGCAGAGUCUCGAGCUCGUGCUCCAAAACAUCAACAAGCUGAAUCGCUCGCUCGAGGAAGUGACCCAGGUCGGGACCGAGUUUGCGCCCGUCGAGUCGCUGUGGAGCCACUUUGAGAACGUCAUGGCGAAGGAUCCGAAUGCCCAGGAGGGCACGCAGGAGGGGCAGACCGAGCACGAGGAUGCGACUGAAGUGACGGAGCAUCAGAAGUGAGGAGAUGUCAUGUUGACUCGAGCAGAGUUGAUACAGCAUCGGGGUGGUGUCACGAGACGAAGACGCUGAGGUAGUCCCGAAGUACAGACGCGGCAAAGGGACAGACUGCUCUCAGACGGACUCGUGAGACGCCAAGACUACGGAUGAGAUGGGUGACGCAUGCCAGAACUCCUGGAGAGGGCGAUUGGAGAGAUGACUGAGGGUGGAAGAUCUGAACGAGACUUCAGUCACGUCAAUUGAACGAGGAUGCUUGCC